AGCUGCUGCGGGAAGGUAUUUAAGGUCUGAGAGGAGCCAGCGAGAGCUGUUGAGGCCACCCUGGUGGUGGCACCGGACCUCUCUCAGGCACGCUGACCCCAGGGCCUUCCCCACCAGCCACGCCGUCCAUGGAGUUUGCUGCUGGAGCCAUCGGAGGCAUCUGUGGUGUUGCUGUGGGCUACCCCCUGGACACGGUGAAGGUCAGGAUCCAGACAGAGCCCAAGUACACAGGCAUCUGGCACUGCAUCCGGGACACGUAUCGCCGAGAGCGGGUGUGGGGCUUCUACAGGGGCCUCUCGCUGCCCGUGUGCACUGUGUCCCUGGUCUCGUCCGUGUCUUUCGGCACCUAUCGCCACUGCCUCACGCACAUCUGCCGGUUCCGGUAUGGCAGCGCCGACGCCAAGCCCGCCAAGACCGACAUCACGCUCUCGGGAUUCGCCUCCGGCCUUGUCCGCGUGUUCCUGACCUCGCCCACCGAGGUGGCCAAGGUCCGCCUGCAGACGCAGACGCAGACGCAGACGCAGACGCAGCAGCGGCGCCCUUCGGCCUCGGGGCCCUCGGCUGCGGCCCCCACGUGCCCCGCACCCCCUGUGGGUCGGGCGCCAGGGCCCAAGUACCGCGGGCCGCUGCACUGCCUGGCCUUGGUGGCCCGGGAGGAGGGGCUGCGCGGCCUCUACAAGGGCAGCUCGGCCCUGCUCUUCCGCGACGGUCACUCCUUUGCCACCUACUUCCUCUCGUACGCCAUCCUCUGUGAGCAGCUGACUCCCGCUGGCCGCAGCCGGCCAGAUGUCUUGGGCGUGCUGGUGGCCGGUGGCUGUGCAGGGGUGCUGGCCUGGGCCGUGGCCACCCCCAUGGACGUGAUCAAGUCGCGCCUGCAGGCGGAUGGGCAGGGCCAGCGACGCUACCGGGGCCUCCUGCACUGCGUGGUGACCAGCGUUCGGGAGGAGGGGCCGAGGGUGCUCUUCAAGGGGCUGUCGCUCAACUGCUGUCGCGCCUUCCCCGUCAACAUGGUGGUCUUUGUCACCUACGAGGCCGUGCUGAGGCUCAUGCGGGGCCUGCUCUCCUAGCUGGUGCCCAUCCCCAGGGGCCAACCCGCCAGCAGCUUCCAGAGGCCGCAGGAGCUGAAGGAGGCGGAGGGGAGUGUCGGGGUCUGGGCCCCAGGGGGCCAUCGCCCAGGACAGCUGGGGCCUCCCGCCCAGCGACUGACCACGAGGAGGUCAAGGGGCCCAGGGCUGGCCUGAGGGUCACAGGAGCCAGGAGGAAGCGGGCCUCUGGGAUGGGGAUGUGGUCGCCUGGAGCCGUCUGUGCAUUUGGCCAGUGGCUCAGCCCGGCUCCCCUCCCACCUCU